GUCAGUAUAAUUUUAACCUCCACUUCGCGAACAGAUCCAUUGCAACACGGCAUAAGUUAAAAUGCUUUACAAAAUUCAUAUCUUAUUCCCCGCAAUUAUUGCAAUUGUCUUCGUAAUUCCAGCCAUAGCAUCUACGAAUCUAAACCUACAUCAGGAAAAAGCUUGUAUUCGAACGAGAGAGGCAGUAUUUCGAAAUAAUGAUUAUUACGCAAGUUGGACAGCGGAUGAGACGUCCCAAACGGUUCAUUUCCGCGUGCUAGUUGCCACAACUGGCUAUGUGGGAUUCGGCCUUUCUCGUUUUACUGGAAUGACGGGGUCCGAUAUCGUUAUUGGUGGCGUUUUUCCCAACGGAACUGCUUACUUUGCGGACUAUUUCGCCACGAAUAACGCUAACCCACCCGAAUUGGACCCUAGCCAAGACUGGUUUCUGGAUAGCGCGAUUGAAAAUGGGACCCACACUGAACUCUCUUUUCAUCGCGCAUUUGACACCAUGGAUGCUCAGAACGACCACGUCAUAGAUGACUCUCUUACUACAAUCAUUUGGGCUAUUGGAGCAUCCGACACCUUAUUUUCACACGGCUCUGCAAAUCGAAACAUGUAUUUAGCAUCAAUUCUACAUUUUCCAGGCUGUUCUGUUCUUCCCGAAAGGGAGGAAAUCCUGAGUGACAGAUACAUUGUACGAUGGACCGUGGAUCCGGAAGCUAGGACGGUUGAAUUCCACGUGAUCGCCCAGAAUACGGGAUACGUCGGUUUCGGCCUGUCAUACGCUGGAGCAACCAUGUUUACUGCGGAUAUUGCGAUUGGAGGAGUUUAUGAAAAUGGGACAGAGUUCUUUGGAGAUUACACUGGAGUUGGCUUCACAAAUCCGGUACGGGACGAUAGUCAGGACUGGUUUUUAACUGAAGCCCAGCAAAAUGCGACACACACUGAGCUUAAGUUUUGGAGAAAUUUCGAUACUGGAGACUUUGAUCAGGAUGCACCAAUUACGACAAAUUCAGUCCAUUUACUGUGGGCUUUGGGGCUAUCGGACAACAUUGGGUAUCACUUUGGGGAUCGUGGCUCCACAGAGGUAACGCUAAUGGAUCCUAUUGAUUGUGUGCCGUGAAAUACCAAAUUCCUUAAAUAUUGGCACGCUUUGAAAUAUGCAAAUUUAAAUGCAAGUCGUUAUAACUAAAUAAAAGAAUUUGCAAAUGAUUAAA